AAACAAGUAACAAAACCCCCCAAACCCUCCCCUUUUUCCUCCCAAAUUGAACUUGUCAUUCUUUCAAUUGCUUCAUUAUCUCAUUCAGACACUUUCACAAAAAGCUUGCAAGCAGAAAAUUUUCAGUUUGGUUCCAACCAUGGCGAGACCACAACAGCGAUAUCGCGGAGUUCGGCAGAGGCAUUGGGGCUCUUGGGUUUCCGAAAUUCGACACCCAUUGCUGAAGACUAGAAUUUGGCUAGGAACAUUUGAGACAGCGGAGGACGCGGCCCUGGCACACGAUGAGGCGGCAAGGCUGAUGUGCGGCCAAAGGGCAAGAACCAACUUCCCUCACAACCCCAACGCAACACUGUCAUCUGUAGGGAAGCUGCUAUCAGCGAAUUUGACAGCGAAAUUGCACAAGUGCUACAUGGCGUCCCUUCAAUUGACCAAACAAUCGACGGCAGAACCUCAGAGAAUUCCGGUUGUGCACUGUGGUGCCGAGGAUGGCACCAUGGGGAAUGCCGAGGAAAUGGGUACUUGGUGGACGGAGAAAAAACCGGCAAUGGUGCCGUUGCAGGAGGGGAGUUGGGUUGUGAAGAUGGAAGAUAGAGACCAAUUUAACUCUCUCGAAGAUGAUCACAUAGAGCAAAUGAUUGAGGAAUUGCUUGAUUAUGGGUCUAUUGAGCUCUGCUCUGUUGUGCCAAAUCAGGCUACAUGAUGUAUUCC